GACGCAACACCGGAUGUUGCUAUAGGCUGCGGAACAGCUGAGAGCAUAUCAACACAGCACCAAAACAGACGGACGCUUUGAAAGAAAGGUUUGGGAAAAAACAAAACAAAACAAAACAACAUUGACAUAGAAAGAAGAACCAUCGAAAAAAAUCGGGUAGAAAGCCUUGUCAGCCAAAACGGUUCUGUUUUAAACGAACGGAUUAAGUUACAAGAAGAACAAAAAACGCACGAUGGGCCGUAUCUUCCUGGACCACAUUGGAGGCACUCGCCUCUUCUCAUGUGCUAACUGCGACACAAUCCUGACCAAUCGCUCUGAGCUCAUCUCCACACGCUUCACAGGAGCAACAGGCCGUGCUUUCCUCUUCAACAAGGUGGUGAACCUGCAGUACAGUGAUGUGCAGGACCGGGUGAUGCUCACAGGAAGGCACAUGGUGCGUGAUGUCAGUUGUAAAAACUGCAACAGUAAGCUGGGCUGGAUCUAUGAGUUCGCCACUGAGGACAGUCAGCGCUACAAAGAAGGCCGUGUCAUCCUAGAGAGGGCACUUGUAAGAGAGAGUGAGGGAUUCGAGGAACAUGUGCCAUCUGAUGCCUCCUGAAUCUCUCUUCUCUUUUAUCUCUCUCUCUAAAUCUCUCUCUGUUAUGCUGCUCAUCUCAGUCACUGCCGUGUCCGAACACGAUCUGAACAUCUGAACAACGUAUCCGCUUCUCACGAGCUGGUCCGGCCUUGCAUAGAGACUGCUAAUAAACAACAAAACCGAUUCAGCAGCCCACCCAUGGCUCUGUAAAGCAACAAACCAAUCCAGCUGCCCAUGUAUGGCUCUAUAAAAAUGCAAACCCAGCCCCCAAUCCAGCAGCCACUCUGUAGAUCAGUAAAGCAAGCAAACAAAAAAAAUCUGGCAGCCAGUCAAAGUUUAUUAGGUAUACUCUUGCAAUUUAGGCUUUAUAGUUCUGGAUCUGAGCCAGCUAUUAAUGAUUAGAGCAGGUAGAGUUAUCUUUGUGAGGGAUGCAUUUGCUAGUUCGGCAGAAUGCAAUGUCAGUUUUUGCCAAGAUGCUGAUGUCUCUGAUUUCAUUUUCUCAGAGCAUGUCCUAUUUCAGCCCUCAAAUAUAGAGAGUGACACAAGGGGAAGAUAGAGUGACAAUGGUCCCUUGCUAUUUAUAUAUAUAUUGUUUUGGAAUUGGUGGAUAGUAAGAACCCUAUGUUAAUGAUAAACUCAGUCCAGCACCAUUUUAAUUAGCGUUAUACUUUUUCUUGUUUUUAGUUGAGUGUAUGUAUUGUUUAUUUUUUUUUCUUUUCCUAAGACAUGAUGAUAAAAAUGUGUUCAUUUGAUCUUAAUAAAGUAAAUGGUCUUGCUCAA